AUGAAGACUGAAGGCCACAUGACGGGGCGCCUUCUGGUUGCCAAGGCACGGAAUGGAACAAGCGUCAAGCCCGCAGCAGCAUAUGUUCAUACCGAGAUGUCUUACUGCGCAGAUUCCUCAGAUUUAGCGAAAGGAGUUCCAAACUCCUGGGCAAAGCUUGAGCUGGAUCUCAGCUACCAAAGUGCAGUAUCCGUACAAUUAAAUUGCGAGGCAUCCAGGUCACAAGGCUUAUGCACGGUGCUAGCACCACCGGAUACCGGAGUUGACUAA